AUGGCCGUGUUUGAGGCUGCCCUCCUGGAGGAGCUUGACGUCUCCAACCAGACAAACGGCAACAUCUCUGCUUCCUCCUCGGUGACGGAUGUGAUGAUGCUCGAUGACUACACGCUAGCUCAGCCAUCGUGGUACGUUUCAAACUGGGAUAUGUCUGGUUGUGACGACUACUGUGCCAGCGGCGCUGGCGGUGGUGGCCAACAGGUCGGUGAGGUGCUCUGCAGUCGUGGGCUCCGCUUGGCAUGUGAAGGUCCCAUGCAGUCCAUGGCCGGUCCGCUGCCGUCCGCCACGCGAAGCUGUCCGCCCUGCCCUGGCCAGGUGCCAGAGGCGUUCGGCAUGCCGAUGUGGGCGCUUGGAAGUGCGGGAGUUGCUGGGUGCUGCUGCUGCACGUUAUGUGGCAUAUUCCUCGCAUAUCGCUGCCUUCGAGCUUUGGCCAGGGCAAUGCCUCCAGAGCCUUUCUCCGGAACGAAGCACCUCAAGGACAUGAAGGACAUCGAGGCAUCCUAUACUGUCCAGCCUGCAGUUCGGCCGAUGAAGUCGAGGAAACGCACAGUUAACUUCAACGAUGCCGAGCCGGGCUUCAUGCGCCGCCUGAGCACUUUCCGUACCAAAUCCAUGGCCACUGACGCGCAGUCUGAGGAAAUGAACGUGGAAGAGACCAAGACCCAUGUCGUCUGGAACGUGGAUAUGUCGCAGCUCACGACCAUGUUUCCGCAGACCACUUCCAAAAGCGACAGACAAGAGCAGGAUGAGCCAACAAGAUCAAGCCUGCGAGAUGCAUCCAGUCCGAAGGGCAGCAAUUCUCGUGUCCUUCAGCACGCCUCUUUCGCGGCUUGCCUGGGCUCUGACGAGCCGUCUGCCGAGAGUCCUUCUCACGGGCAGUCGCCGGCAGCGAUCUCAAGACAGCGCUCCGGCACACUGCUUGAUCGCUUUGACCUCGUGGGCCCCACGGAGACAGACAUCACCCUCGAGUGGUCAAAGCUGUGA